GCUGUACAGAAAAUAGACGAACUGAACACAUUUGACAAACACGAACGUGAAGGAGGCAGAAAGAAGCGUGUUACACAGGCUAAUAACGACUGGUUCAAGAUAUACGUAGUCUAUAUGCCAAAUAGCGUUUUGUUUGUUAUCAGUAUAUUUAUUUUCCAUUAAUUCAGUCUCAGAGAAAUAUUUAUUUCUAGCUUGCUAGCUCAGCGACGUUCAUAUCUGAGGGCGUCCGAUUUCCCCUCCUCUUCAGAGGCAUUACGAUGCCCUCUGAUUUUAUAUCCCUACUCAGCGCGGAUCUCGACCUGAAUUCCCCCAAAUCCCUAUAUUCCAAAGGACGCACAGGAUGUACUUCAGACACCCAACAAGGCCAAUAUCCCCGUCAUUGGCAGGAGAAAGAGACCCAGGCAUAGGGGACACAGGACGGGGUGCCUUGUAAGGAUCCGCUGACGAAUCAGUGUAUGACCUUCUCCCCAAAGAGCUGCAACUGCCAUCCUCCACUCAGCAAAACCCAGCAGCAGCCAUGAGCCAGAAGAGCGGUGGAGAGGCGGUUCCUCCUCCCUCAGCUGCCCUUGACUCAGAUGCCACCAACGUCUCCUCUUCUAUGACCAUGGGAGGCCCUCGCAGUGCUUUUCCCACCUCUUCCAGCUCCACCAUGCACUCCACUACUUCAGCCACCGACCAGACCUCUGCUCAUACCGGCAUCGCCGCUCCAGACGAAGGUGUAAGUAGCAGAGCGGUGGCUGAGAUGCUUGGAGCCGAGGGCGGGACUGGCAACAGUGGGAGUGCUGGUGGCGGCAGGGCUGGCGGCGAGAAAGGAGGAGGGUCAGGAUCCCUAGGUGGAGGAGGAAGAGGGGGGGCAUCCCAGGAGGCCCAGCAGCACCACCAGAUGACCCCCUCCAAGCGGCGGACGGUGCUGAACAUCUCGCCUCCGCCCGAAGACCUGUUUGACGACAGCCGCAUGUCCUGCCAGGAGGAUCAGCUCCAGGACUCCGAGCAGAGCAACAGCAUCUGGAUGGAUGACUCCGCCUCCAACUUCAGCAUCGUCAGCUCCAGCUCCUACAACGACAACACAGAGGUGCCCCGGAAGUCCCGCAAACGCACCCCCCGCCAGCGACCCGGGCCCAAGCCUGCCUCGGCCGAAGAGGCCAGCAUGGACGUGUUUGAUGCAGACAGUGCCAAAGGGCCUCACUUUGUGCUCUCACAGCUGGGCUCAGACAGCAAGGCCUGUACCAAAGGAAGUUCGGCAGAUGGCUCCCAAACAACCCAUCAGAAAGGUGGGACCCUAGCGAGCCAGUUCCCUCAGAAGAGUGAGGGCAAGGAGCUGAAGAUCCUGAUCCAGCCUGAGACCCAGCACAGAGCCCGCUACCUGACUGAGGGCAGCAGGGGGUCAGUGAAGGACCGCACUCAGCAGGGCUUCCCCACCCUAAAGCUGGAGGGUGUGAAUGAGGCAGUGGUGCUGCAGGUGUUUGUGGGUAAUGACGCUGGGCGUGUAAAGCCACAUGGGUUCUACCAGGCCUGCAGGGUGACGGGGCGCAACACCACAGCCUGCAAGGAGGUGGACAUCGAGGGCACCACUGUCAUUGAAGUGUCCCUGGACCCCAGCAAUAAUAUGUCCCUGGCGGUGGACUGCGUGGGGAUCCUAAAGCUGCGUAACGCUGAUGUGGAAGCUCGUAUCGGGGUGGCCGGCUCCAAAAAGAAGAGCACGCGUGCCAGGCUGGUGUUUCGGGUCAACAUCCCCAGGUCGGAUGGCUCUGUGCUCACGUUACAGACACCAUCGUCCCCCAUCCUGUGCACCCAGCCUGCAGGGGUGCCUGAGAUUCUGAAGAAGUCCCUCCAUAGUUGCUCGGCGAGGGGGGAUGAGGAGGUCUUCAUCAUUGGGAAGAACUUCCUCAAAGACACCAAGGUCAUAUUCCAGGAAAAUGUGUCAGAUGAGAAGUGUUGGAAGGCAGAGGCUGAAAUUGACAUGGAGCUGUUUCACCAGAAUCACUUGAUUGUAAAGGUUCCGCCAUACCAGAACCCAGCCAUCGUGUCUGCGGUGUGUGUGGGGAUCUACGUGGUGACCAAUGCUGGCCGAUCCCACGACGUGCAGCCUUUUACAUACACUCCAGAACCAGUGGACAUAUCUGUGAAGAAAGAAGUUCCAUCUCCAGGCAAGCCCUGCCCUUUUGAUCAACGGAUGAAAGUAAUUGAUGGUGCCUUGAUGCCCCCAAUGUUGCCUCUUGUGAAGAGAGAAGAGGUCACUCCAAUGGAGGUCUCCAGCAACCUCCCUUCUGCUGGCAUUUUCAAGCGAACCCCCGAUGUCAUGUGUUCGGUCCAGCAGACGCUGGACAUGAGUUCCAACCUUCCCCCCAACAACAGCCCGUUCUCCAACUCCUUGCCGCGGUCUGCCAGUGACCCUGAUGAAUCCCAAACAGCAGUCUUCAACAGUGCAGAGGCCCUGAGCACCAUACAGAAGCAGGAUAUCGCUCCCACCAACUCCUUCCCCGUGCCUGCAGACUCUCUACUCCAACCUGGGCCUCAGCAGUUCCUCCUGGAGCCCAGAGAGGGGCUGGGGCAGGACAGGGCCGGCAACAACGCUGGGGCGGUAGGGAGGCUCAGUCAACAAGUGGAGGCUCCUCAACCUGUCCCCCAGCAACACCAGCUGCCCAUAUUCCCCCCAGACGAGGUGGCCCAACUGGAACAAGCAGUGAGACAACUGCAGGCCAAAGGGUACUGCAGCCAGCAGCAACAGCGACAACAGCAACAGAUUCAGCAGCAACAAAUUCAGCAGCAACAACAGCAGCAACAAAUUCAGCAACAACAGCAGCAACAAAUUCAGCAACAACAGCAGCAACAAAUUCAGCAACAGCAACUACAGCAACAACAGAUUCAACAACAACAAAUUCAGCAACAACAGCAAAUUCAACAGCAACAAAUUCAACAGCAACAAAUUCAACACCAGCAGCAGCAACAGCAAGUGUUGGAGAACCUGCAGCAGCAGCUGUUUCAGUCACAGAUGCCCAUGCAAUGUGGCAUAUUCCAGGGCGGUUCUCGAGGUGAGAACACUGAACAGCAGGGUUCCCAGCAGGGCAUGGUGCAGAACCAUGGUUCCCUCUUUCAGCAGGCCCAACAACAGCAGCAGCAACAACAACAACAACAGAAACAGCAGCAGCAAGCAGCACUCUUUCAGCAAGCCAAUGAGAUCCUCUCCAUUCAGACCAACUUCCUCCAUCAGACCCCUUCUCAUCCCUCUCCACCCCUCUUUCAUAACCCCAGCCCCCUGGCUGAGGCACAGGACCCACAGGGGGCACUGUUCCACACUCAGAAGGCCUCUCCCACCCAGGAGCAGGUCCAGGCAACCCUCUUCCAGAACACCCUGACAGUGUUGAGUAGGACCAGCCUCUCCCCAGAGCAGCCCCCCUCUCCCGCCAACCUGUUCCUCCCCCAGAGUACCCUGCCCGGGCAGCUCUCCGCUAGCGGUAGCCAGCAGCAGCAGCUGGCUUUCCUCAGUGCCCUGCAGACCUCUGCCACUGAGCCCCAGUCAGUGUUCCAGGCUCAGACCCAGCUUUCCCCCAUCCAGCAGGGAACUCCCAUGGAGCAGCAGCAGCCAUCCCAGCCUCAGCCCCAGCCUCAGCCACCUCAGCAGAACUCCAUGUUUCAGAACAUCUCCCCUCAUCCACCUGCAAACACUCUCUCUCAGACCCAGCAGCAGCAGGCCAGCCUACUGUUUUGCAGCAACCCCCUCUCCACUCCAGAGCAGGUCCCCAGUCUGCUGUUCAGCGGCCAGGGCCAGAUGCCCCCCAUGAGCAGCAGCAGCCUGAACUCUCAGGAGCCCCAAAACCCCUCGAUGCUGUUCUCUCAGGCCAGCAUGGUGACGGUUAGCCAACAGGAAUCCUCUGAGCCCAUGGCCUUCCAGGACCAGAGCCAGGUGGUGGGGAACCCCUCAGAGCCUCGCCAGCAGGGCCUGUUCCAAGAGCAGCAGCCCAUGCAACUGAUCACCAGCUCCAACAACGGCCCAGAGCAGCCCGUCUCCCUCUUCAUGCCCCAAUCCAACAUGGCUGCCCUGCAGGGUUGCAUGGCUGCCCAGGAGCUCCCGCAGACAGGCAUCUUCAGCACCCAGAAUGGGGUGGCAGGCCUGCAGACCACCACCUCCUCCCCUGUGCAGCAGCCAGGGUCUCUGUUCCAGACAGCAGUCAGUGGGACCCUCAACCAGCCCAGCGAGGUCCAGCAGCCAGGCCUCUUCCUCUUUGGGAUUCAGAAUGAGUGUGGCCAGCUGAUAACCUCUCCUGGAACCACUCUGUCUGAUCAGAUCAUUGCCAUCAGUCAGUCUGGUCAGAACCAGAGAGAGAGCGAGGCCCAGAUCCAGUCACUGCUCAACCAGUCCAUGUCUGAGUCAGGGAGCAUACAGAACAGCAUGACCGCCUCCCAGAACAUGGAGAAGAUAGAUGACCUGCUUGUUAGCCUGCAGGAGCAGGGCAACAACCUCACUCGCUCCUACUAGGCCUGCUAUAGGUUUUAGGAGCCCCGAAGACCCCCAGUGUGGACCCCCAUUACAGAUGGCAGAAGACCCCGUGUGGACCCCCAUUACAGAUGGCAGAAGAAUGGAAACAAAUUCAACAGUGGGCUCCUGUCCAAACUCCAAGUUACAUGUAAGCCUCAGCGGCCUUCUUCUCCAAGGACAGUCUUCAUCAUGUGUAGAUGCUCCACAGUGGCGCCGAGCGGGGUACCAGUCCUCCACUGCAUCUAAACCUGGGCCUCAAAAUAGGACAUAGGUUGUAGUCACCCCACAACUGCAGUGUGGUCAAUGUAUCUCACAGCUAGUCGCCUCCAGCUGUUAUUGAAACAUGACACUUUGAAAUGUUUGGCUAACUCAUCAGUUCUCAGAGCAGCACUUUGCGGUGUGGUUUUAUAAGGAUGGUGGUGGAAGCUAGCGCAGCAUUCUGUCUUCUCCAGGACCAGAGUGUGGGCUCACAAUUGUUUAUAACGCAUUGUUGUCCUUUUUAUACGAUAUUAAAAGUAUUUUAGGAAAUAGCAAAAGAAAAUAUACAAUUUGUGAAAAACAAACCUUUGUAAGAUAUUUUGACAUUAGUUCUUUCAGCACUUUACGAUGCUUUCCUUUUGUGACCAUUUCCUCAUUAAGUUGGCCCAUGCAUUUACUCGUCAGCUAUUUAUCUCUCCUGCUGUUUACUGGAUGUACAGCUCGACUUCUUUAUUACUCCUGCAUGUGUGUUGAGUUAUGGCUCUAGUUUUUUAUUGCUCCUUUCAUGAAACACCAGUUUAUCAUAUUGGCAGCAUUCUUCCCAUUACCCAUUCCUGGGAAUAACUCCAAGUAUUUGAGUAUUACACCAUGGAUUUCUUUCCCUGAUUAGACUCUGGAGUACGAGAGAUGCUCUAGAUUAGGGUCAAUGUGGAUCAAGAAAAAGAAAAAGAAUCCAGCCUUUAAAUCAUUCAUUUCCAGUCUACAUAAUUAAAUAAUAGGCCUACAGUUUGAAUAAAUCAGAACCAUAUAUGCGUACCAUAUACCAGUGCGCACGGUUGUCUGAUUGAUGUAAUUAAAGAGUAUAUUGUUAUUUGUAUCAUCUUAUGGCAAGUGUAGAUAAUGUGUUGUUUUGUAGUGAUGUCUCCAUGGCAGAUGUUUGUAUUAGCUCACGUCGGGCACGCACGAACUAGACUUAUCUAUAGAUCAGAGAGGAGUUUUCCGUAUGUUUGUCUUACUGUAAAACAGCAACUCUCUUGCCUACAGUGGGCCACCCCAGGACCUGAGUCAAGGCCUCAGGUCACACCCUCCUUUUUCGUCUUCAUGAAUGGCCAGUUGUAUGGCUCAUAUUGAUUGGUGUGUUCAUAUUUGUCGUUUGAGACUAGCCAUGUUUUGACAGGGAGAAAAUGGUGAAAGUGACUGGAGCAGUUAUUUGUUUUGCCUUGACCCUGAAUGGUGGUUUGUAGUUGGAUUAUUAGUGUCAGGCGUGAUAUACAGAUGUAGGAUCUUAAUUUGAUCACUCUUUUGUUCCUGAGAAUUUUCCUGCACCUCAAGAAAUACAAACUUGUAGUUUUUCUU